AUGCUGUUCAAGACACACAUUUUGCAAGGCUUAGUUGCUGCAGCCGCUUUUGUUAGCGCUGCACCGAACGAGGCUGCUGAACAACCACAACACGUGAAACGCACCACGUUCAGAGACGACUUUACCACCUUCGACAGCAGCAUUUGGAGCUGCGAGUACAGCUGCCCCUUGAUCGAGGGUGAAAAGGCCCGAUUCAGGCUGUACUCUAACACUGCAGCCAACCAGGAACACUCCUGGUGCAAGGCCCGUUACAAGCCCCAGCGAUUCACUUCGGGCACGUUCACCACCUACUACUCUCUCACUGCGCGUCCUAAGCAGCCUGUUUGGUGGGGUGUAGCACUGUACGAUGACACCUAUGGAGGUGCGGAGGGUCAAAUCAACGAAAUCAACUUUGGCUACACCACCAAGUACUCAUACAACAACUACACGUUCUUGUUUGAAGUUUACAAGCGAGGAUAUACUGAGCCAUGGAGCAGGGACAUCACUGUUGAUUUUGAUCUGUACAAUGAGGAGUACCACGAGGCCACCAUCGAGUAUGAUGCCAGCCACGUUGCACUCUACAUCGAUGGGGUGAAGAAGACGGAGCUCACCGAUAGCAGCCUCAUCCCCACUGAUGCUAUGGAUUUCUUGCUCGGUCCCCGCCUCGUGGAUGACACUCUGGGCACUCUUCCCUCAGGCUUUACGCAAUCUCAUGACUGGGUGACCAUAGAGUACUAG